UUUGGCAGAGGGGAGGGUCAGGUGUGGUCAGAGGAGCUUCAGUGUAGAGGCAACGAGUCUCAGAUUCACUUCUGUUCAACAUCAUCUUCACUCAAACACAACUGCACCCAUGACAGUGAUGUAGGACUGGUGUGUGCUGUCAGUGUAAGGUUGGUGAAUGGUAGCAGUCGCUGUGCUGGGAGAGUGGAGGUUCUUCAUAGAGGACAGUGGGGAACAGUGUGUGAUGAUGGCUGGGAUAUAAGAGAUGCUGCAGUGGUGUGUAGAGAGCUGCGCUGUGGAGAGGCUGUAGAUGCACUGAGUGAUGGUCACUUUGGAUCAGGAUCAGGACCGAUCUGGAUGGAUAAAGUGCACUGUAGUGGAUCAGAGUCUACACUGAAAAAAUGUAGAUCUUUAGGAUUGGGCAAAAAUAACUGUGACCAGUCUAAAAAUGCUGGAGUCAUCUGCUCAGGUAAGUUACUCUAAACCUUAAUUGUGAGGUUGGUGAAUGGUAGCAGUCGCUGUGCUGGGAGAGUGGAGGUUCUUCAUAGAGGACAGUGGGGAACAGUGUGUGAUGAUGGCUGGGAUAUGAGAGAUGCUGCAGUGGUGUGUAGAGAGCUGCGCUGUGGAGAGGCUGUAGAUGCACUGAGUGAUGGUCACUUUGGACCAGGAUCAGGACCAAUCUGGAUGAAUGAUGUGGACUGUAGUGGAUCAGAGUCUACACUGAAAAACUGUUCAACAUUUGAAUGGAGAAAACAUAACUGUGAUCAUUCUAAAGAUGCUGGAGUCAUCUGCUCAGCUGCUUUUGGUAGAGGGAAGGGUCAGGUGUGGUCAGAGGAGCUUCAGUGUAGAGGCAACGAAUCUCAGAUUUACUUCUGUCCAAAAUCAUCCUCACUCAAGCACAACUGCUCCCAUGGCAAUGAUGUGGGUCUGGUGUGUGCUGACAGUGUGAGAUUGGUAGAUGGCGGUAGUCGCUGUGCUGGGAGAAUGGAGGUUCUUCAUAGAGAACAGUGGGGAACAGUGUGCAUUCUUGGUUGGAACACAAUAGCGGCUAUGGUGAUUUGUAAACAGCUGGACUGUGGGGAACCACUGGGUGUUGAUGUUGCUGUACCAGGAUCAGGACCGAUCUGGAUGAGUAACGUGGAGUGCAGUGGAUCAGAGUCUACAGUGAAAAACUGUGGAUCACUGGGAUGGGGUGAACUGGGAUGGGGCUGUGCUCAUGAAGCAGAUAUUGAAGUCAUCUGUUCAGGUAUAAAGUCCAGACUUACUGAUGGUCCUCAUUCAUGCUCUGGGAGAGUGGAGGUGCUUCAUGGAGAGACCUGGUCCACAGUGUGUGAUGCUGACUUUGACCAGCAGGAUGCAGAGGUUGUGUGCCGAGAGCUGGGCUGUGGGAUUCCUGUGGAGGUGCUGGGAGCAGCUGCUUUUGGCAGAGGGGAGGGUCAGGUGUGGUCAGAGGAGCUCCAGUGUAGGGGCAACGAAUCUGAGAUUUCCCUUUGUCCAACAUCAUCUUCAUUCCAACUCAACUGUACUCAUGACAGUGAUGUUGGACUAACUUGUUCUGGUCACACUGGAGCUCGACUGGUGAACGGUUUGGACUGUUCUGGUCGAGUGGAGCUCCAGUACCUCAGUGAGUGGGGCACAGUGUGUGAUGGAAGCUGGAAUAUGAAAGCUGCCAGUGUCCUCUGUGGUCAACUGAAGUGUGGGAGUGCUGUGGCUGUGUUGGGGUCAGACUGGUUUGGGGAGGGGAGUGGCCAGAUCUGGGCUGAUGUGUUUGAUUGUCAGGGGAACGAAACACACCUGUCAAAAUGUCCCAUUUCAUCAUGGAGUCGAACUGCAUGUUCUCAUAAACAGGAUGCUGGAGUCAUCUGCAGUGGUUCCUCUCUGGUGUUUCAUGAGGGGCGAGUGCGGUUGUCUGGAGGGAUGGAGUGUGAGGGGGAGGUGGAGGUAUACUUCAUGCAGGACUGGAGGAGAGUUCUGCUGGACUCCUGGAGUGAGUCUGAGGCCUCUGUGGUCUGCAGACAGCUGGGCUGUGGCUCUGUGUUCAGCUUCUUCAGCUCCUCUCCAUCCAGUCCUGAACACAGUCACAUGUGUGUGACGGGUUUCAAUUGUUCUGGGAGUGAAGCUCAUCUGGGGAACUGCAGCAGAGCACAAGCAGUCAACUGCAGCUCCAGAGAACAGCUCUCAAUCACCUGCUCUGACCAAGCUCACAGCUCCAUCAGGCUGGUUGGUUCUGGGGGAGACUGUGCAGGAAGGCUGGAGGUUUUCCACAGUGGCUCAUGGGGGACAGUGUGUGAUGACUUGUGGGAUAUUAAGGAUGCGCAGGUGGUCUGCAGACAGCUGCAGUGUGGAGUGGCCCUCAGUGCUCUGGUACCAACCCAGUUUGGACCUGGAACUGGACCCAUAUGGCUGAAUGAGGUGGAGUGUGAGGGGAACGAGACAUCCCUGUGGAACUGCAAAUUUCAGCUGUGUGGAGAGGAUGAAUGUGGACACAAGGAGGAAGUAGGAGUCGUGUGCUCAGAGUUUAAAGAGAUCAGACUCACAGAGGGCUGUGAGGGGAAUCUGGAAGUGUUCUACAAUGGAACCUGGGGUAAUGUGUGUGUAAAUGGGAUGGAUGAAGAAACAAUAAGUUUGAUCUGUCAAGAGCUGAACUGUGGAAGAUCAGGCAGUUUGAGCCAAACCAAAGCAAGAGUGGAAUCAGCUCCUAACUGGCUGGAUGAUCUGAAAUGUAGGAAACACGACUCCACUCUGUGGCAGUGUCCAUCUUCACCCUGGGGACAGAACCAGUGUGAUAAUCACAAUGAAGUGGCUCAGAUUACCUGCUCAGGGGAUGGAGAAAGCCUUGCACUGCAAAACCAUCUGAAAUGCUCCUCAUUUCGUAACCAAAGACAGUGCUCAAAUCACCUGCCUCUCAGGCUGAGGGGAGGAAAGGGAAGCUGCUCUGGGAGGCUGGAGGUGUAUCAUAACGCUGAGUGGGGGUCUGUCUGUAAUGAUCUGUGGGACAUCAGAGAUGCUCAGGUGGUCUGCAGGCAGCUGGGCUGUGGGUUGGCGCUGAGUGCUGAUGGGAGUGCUGUCUUUGGUGCUGGUGAAGGGCCUAUCUGGCUGAGCAGAGUGAAGUGUAGAGGGAAUGAGAUUCACCUGUGGGACUGUCCUCAUUCCCUGAAGAACCACACUGACUGCUCCCACAGGCAGGACGCUGGAGUCACCUGUGCAGUAUAG